CCUUUCAACUCCUCAGCUUCUGCCAUGGGUGGGCGUGGCACCCUGCUGGUGGCAGUCUGGGUGCUGGGGUUUGAGGGGUCUGUGGCGCUGCGCAUUGGAGCCUUCAACAUCCAGAGCUUUGGGGACAGAAAAGUGUCGGACCCAGCCUGCGGCAGUGUCAUCGCACAAAUCCUGGCUGGCUACCACAUCAUGCUUGUGCAGGAGGUGCGGGACCCAGACUUGAGUGCUGUCACAGUGCUCUUGGAGCAGAUCAACAGCGAGUCCAAGCAUGAGUACAGCUUUGUGAGCAGCAAGCCACUGGGUCGGGACCACUACAAGGAGAUGUACCUAUACAUAUACAGGAAAGAUGCAGUGUCGGUUGUGGAGACAUACCAGUACCCAGACCCAGAAGAUGUCUUUAGCCGGGAUCCUUUUGUGGUCAAAUUCUCCAUCCCCAGCUGUGCUGCCAAAGAGCUGGUGUUAAUCCCACUGCAUGCAGCACCUCACCAGGCUGUGACUGAGAUUGAUGCCCUUUAUGAUGUGUACUUGGACGUGAUCAACAAGUGGGGCACUGAUGACAUGCUGUUUCUGGGUGACUUCAAUGCGGACUGCAACUAUGUGCGGGCACAGGACUGGGCAGCCAUCCGCUUACGUAGCAGUGAAGUCUUCAAAUGGCUCAUCCCUGACAGUGCUGACACCACGGUGGGCAACUCAGAUUGUGCCUAUGAUCGCAUUGUGGUGUGCGGUGCCCAUUUGCGGAGGAGCCUAAAGCCCCAUUCUGCGGCUGUGCACGACUUUCAAGAGGAAUUCGGCCUAGAUCAGGCUCAGGCUCUUUCCAUCAGUGACCAUUUUCCUGUGGAGGUGACCUUCAAGUCCCAUAGAUAGCCCGGAGAUCUGGCCAGAAAUGUCAUCUAACUUUGGCCACAAAAUGUGGCACCAUUCAGGUGGCAGGCAGGCUAUUCUCCCAUGAGGAUGCAGGACGGGGUCACCUGGGCAGGAACAUGUCCACGGACACAUUCUAGGGACUACUCAGAGCCUCAGUUUCCCUAUCUGUAAGUAAGGCUAACACUACCUACCUCUCAGGGUUGUUGUGAGGAGCAGCUACAUAUGGUGCUCUGUGCAGUACUUCCCAGUCUCUGCCUAAUAAACAAGCUGCUCUCAGCCAGGAUCACA